UUUGAAGACAUACACUGACGCCUAGCGGAUGAAUCCUUCUUUGCCCUAUCUUGACAGGAGGGUCGUGAUGCGGCUUAGUGACGGCGGAGGGAUCUGCUGAGUGACAAAGGGAAAAAGAUGCGAUAUAAUUACUGGAAAGAUAGCAAGCGCGCGGCUGAGGGAAUCAUGUGGUAUUGAAUACAAGAAAAAUUAAGGUUUCUUAAAGCUGUAAAGUUAACGUUUUAUUUAUUCGGGUUGGGUGGGGGGGGAAGAGUACAAAGUCUCCACUUCAGCGGAAUAAAACUCGGGAGAAGCAUGGAGAGGAAAAGGUGGGAGUGCUCGGCUCUCCCCAAGGGCUGGCAAAGGGAAGAAGUGACCAGAAAGUCGGGUUUGUCUGCGGGGAAAAGCGAUGUCUAUUAUUUUAGCAGAAGCGAGGAAGAGGAGGAGGAUCAGAGGCGAGGAAGGGGGGAGGCGGGUCGUGUGUAUAGCUUGUGCCCAGCUGGAAAGAAGUUCCGGAGCAAACCGCAGCUGGCCCGUUACCUGGGCAACUCCAUGGACCUGAGCUCCUUUGACUUCCGCACCGGAAAGAUGUUGAUGAGUAAACUGAACAAGAAUCGACAGAGAAUUCGCUAUGAUAACAACAACCAGACAAAGGGAAAGCCUGACCUGAACACGUCAUUACCAGUUCGACAAACUGCAUCCAUCUUCAAACAGCCUGUCACCAAGGUCACCAAUCACCCCAGCAACAAGGUGAAGACAGACCCCCAGAAAGCAAUUGACCAGCCAAGACAGCUGUUCUGGGAGAAGAAGCUUAGUGGCUUGAAUGCGUUUGACAUCGCGGAGGAGUUGGUGAAAACUAUGGACCUUCCCAAGGGCCUUCAAGGAGUUGGCCCGGGAUGUACGGACAAGACCCUGCUUUCGGCCAUCGCCAGCGCCCUGCACACCAGUGCCGCUCCCAUUACGGGCCAGUUGUCGGCCGCUGUGGAGAAGAACCCGGGGGUGUGGCUCAACACAUCGCAGCCCCUCUGCAAAGCCUUCAUAGUAACGGAUGAAGAUAUCAGGAAGCAGGAGGAGCUGGUGUAUAGCGUGAGGAAAAAGCUGGAGGAGGCCCUGAUGGCAGACAUGCUGGCCCACGUGGAGGAGGCGUCCAACGACGGGGAUGCGCUCAAAGAGGAAGGGAAUGGAAACGACGACAUGGAAACGGUAUAGCAGAGGACUGGAGGGUGCAGUAGGGCUGCCUGGAACGCAGGAUUACCCCUAGUUCUUCACAGGACCAAGACCCUGUACCAAACCAACAAACCACUGCUGUCCCUUUCCCUGACUCUGCCUUGUCCCCCAGCCUCUGACCCAGCACAGCAUGGAGACAUCUGGCCUCACUGCUAGGAGAAUCUCCAGUUACAAUCCUGAAUCAAAUUGAUUAGUUACAUGAUGAUAAUAUGAAUCUUUCAUUUUAAAUAAUAUUUUAUGGUGCAAAGUAAUGGGAGAAGUUUACAGUAGGUCUGCGAAAUCAGUGUUUUUUUUUUUUCCCCCUUUUAGUUUGACUUUUUAUAUACAUUUUGCUUUUAUGGACUAGGACUGUAACCGUGUUAACUAGGAAUGGUAUUAUGACAAUCUUGUCAACUGUGUCCAACCCAUAUACUUUCUUGUAAGAAAGACUUUUAAGAGGUGUGUUAAAAAUUUGACGUCCAAAUUUCUGAUAACUGACUGGUUCUCUUGUCCCCUGUUUUUCUUUUGGAUUUUCCUUCCAACCCAUGAGAUGUUAAGAGGGUGUAGUAGUAGUGUUUGUUUUAUUUUGGAGGGGGGCGGGGCAGCCUAGUAUUCAAGCCUUCUCCAGGUGUAAAGGAAGGACUCGAAUGACUUGAAAGGGUAACAAAGUGCCACUUGUGUUUUUUUUUUUUUUUUACAAAAUAAACUUUAUUGGGCAUGAAGGUGAUAACGACCAUUAUUUCUUAAUGGUUGCCAAAAUGUAUAUUCAAUAUAUAUUUUUUUUUUUACCAAAGAAACUUAAUCACAUUUUUAGAUAUUAACUAUCCUGUGCCGUCAGUCUGAUCUACAGCUUGGUAAGAUCUCAUGUCACAGUGCUGCCAUGCUACACCAUCCAUAUUUAUUUCUAUGGUCUCGUGCCUCCAAUUAUGACUUAAUUGAUUUUUGGCUUGUUUAAUAAAUUGGGCUCUUUAUGGCAGUACGGUAUAUCCCAGUUCCCAAUUGUCAUCGCAUUAUUCCGUAUUUGCUAAGUGUGCUUGUCCUUGGAGCAUGCCAACUCCUUUGUUUAUUAUACCUCUCAAUUAACACAUCCAUCCUGUUUUAACAUCCAGUCUGUUAUAAAUUGUGAACUUUGUCCUGUCACAAGUGCUGCUUCCUCUGUCCAUCACUUAAGCUCGAUGGAAAUGAUAUAGUACAAAAAAAAACACGUUUGUUAAUUCUCCCUCAGUUAAUCUGCACCUUGGUAAAAACCUGAUGAAAGAGAAUGGUUGGAACACUUAAAUAUUUUUUUUGUUUUUGACAGUUACCUUUUAAAAAAAAAAAACGUUUUUUUUUUUUUCCAGUUGACCCACACAACAUUACCAUGUUGGUCUACAUUUGUAAAACUGAGCGACUGAUUAAAAUGUUUGUGUAUAUCUAA